UUCGGAACGGAAUGCAGUACCGUCAAAAAUGGCCUCUAUGUUCAGUGUUUUGCUGCGAAAAUCCGCGAAUUUGGGCCAAAAAGCGGCCUUAACAAAGAAUUUACCAGCUCUUUACAAUGUAAACAGCCAGCGUAAUGCGCACAGAUGGAUGCCAGAUGCGGAGUACGUGAAGCAGUUCGAGGGGGCCGUCAUGUACCCUGACGAUGUCACCUCGCUGCUGAAACAUCCACCUUACCAUGGUGUGGUGGCUCCCGGAGAGAAGCAAGUGAAGAAUAUGGUCCUCAAUUUCGGACCUCAACAUCCGGCUGCUCACGGAGUAUUGCGAUUGGUGCUUGAGCUCGACGGGGAGACGGUCCGCGCAGCAGACCCUCAUAUCGGUCUCCUUCACCGGGGCACAGAGAAGCUGAUAGAAUACAAGACGUACACCCAGGCGCUGCCUUACUUCGACCGACUGGACUAUGUGUCGAUGAUGUGCAAUGAACAAUGCUACAGCUUGGCCGUUGAGAAGUUGCUCAACAUUGAUAUACCGCUGAGAGCCAAAUAUAUUCGAACUCUCUUCGCUGAAAUAACCCGUAUUUUAAACCACAUCAUGGCAGUUUGUUGCCAUGCUCUUGACGUGGGUGCUCUCACUCCGUUGUUCUGGAUGUUCGAGGAGCGAGAGAAGAUGAUGGAGUUCUAUGAAAGAGUCAGCGGAGCCAGGAUGCACGCUGCUUAUAUCAGACCGGGAGGAGUUUCGCUUGACAUGCCAUUAGGUCUUAUGGAUGACAUCUACGAGUUUUCAUCCAAAUUCGCGGAGCGUUUGGAUGAGGUGGAAGAUGUCCUGACAACCAACAGGAUCUGGGUGCAGAGGACUAAGGAUAUCGGUGUCGUCACCGCUCAAGAUGCUCUCAAUUACGGUUUCAGCGGUGUGAUGCUCCGCGGGUCGGGCAUCAAAUGGGACCUGCGCAAGUCGCAGCCGUACGACGCGUACCAUCUGGUAGACUUCGAUGUACCUAUUGGUAGCAACGGGGACUGUUAUGACAGAUACCUGUGCCGCGUAGAGGAGAUGCGUCAGUCGCUCCGCAUCAUUGACCAGUGCCUCAACCAGAUGCCCCCCGGGGAGGUCAAGACGGACGAUGCCAAGCUCAUGCCACCCUCGCGCGAGGAGAUGAAGACGUCAAUGGAGGCCCUCAUCCACCACUUUAAGUUGUUCACGCAAGGCUACCAGGUGCCCCCAGGGUCCACCUACACUGCUGUAGAGGCUCCGAAGGGAGAGUUCGGGAUCUAUCUCGUAUCUGACGGAGGAUCCAAGCCUUACAGAUGCAAGAUCAAGGCGCCUGGCUUCGCUCACCUGGCCGCUCUAGAGAAAGUCGGCAAAAACCACAUGCUAGCAGACAUCGUCGCAAUUAUCGGAACCCUUGACGUGGUCUUCGGAGAAGUCGACCGAUAAACACCGAUUUUUAGAACAAAAAUACCGGUUCAAACCGAUUUUCGUAAAUAUACCGGAAUUAAUAAUGAUUUGGUGCUAAUUUCCGGUAUAUGUGAUCAUAAUCUGUAUUAUUAUUUUAAUAUUAUAUAACUGAGUAUUUUUCGAAAAUCGUCCAUGUUUUGUUGAUUUACAAUUUUCAGUAUUUUCUGUAAAAACGAAUUUUAACUAAGAGUAACUUUAAUAGUAAGAUGUCGACGCAGAUUCCAUGUGCAUUUAUUUUUGUUUGUUUUUAAGCAAUAAUUUAUUGUUAAAUCAUUUUGAACCUUAUUUAUUUGGAUAUACGUGUAUUUUUAGAUGGUCUUUGGGAAGCAAUAAAGGAAUUGUAUUUUA